UUUUGUUUUCCCCUCUUCCCUCCAUUCCGCCUCCUCCCUUUGUGUUUUUAUUUUCUGUGAUUGACAAUGAAGGCCCAAUUCAACAAUAAGUUGAUUAGGCUCCUUUCAAUUGUUCUGGUGGUGUUUGGCCUGUGCUUUUUAUUUAGUUACCUGCUAGACCUCGAACAACAAAACACACUCCGUAAAGAACAUGAGGAACAUGAAGCUCAAGUCUUAUUAGUGCAAGAGAAAGAGCAAGAGAAACAAGCCGCUCUCGAGUUAGCCAUCAAGCAAGAAAAGGCUCGUAUCCAAAAAGUCAUGAACAGCAGAGCUAUCAUAGAGCCAGAGUUGAGUUUAGAAAACACUGUCGAAUUAAACGAAAAAUAUUUUAUUGCUGUGCCUACACCAGUGGAAGCAUGGACAGAGGAAACCUUAAAGCUAUUAAAAACACCUUUCGGACAAAGUAUUCAAGCGGAUCUGUUGACUGUGCCUGAGAAAAUGCCUGAUUUUAAAUUAUUAACAACUCAAGAACGAGUUUUCAAGGCCCUGUUUCAAUACCUGGAUCCUAUUGUUACGGAAGGUGUCAUUGAUGUGACCAAGGAUAAAGACUAUAAAGAGGUGUGGAGUAUCUACAGUAAAUUAGAAAAGUUGCUCUUUCCCUGGAUUAUGCCCAGAUGGAAAAACGUGUUUGAAAUCAACGCGACUUCCAAUGGAAAAGGUAUUGUGAUGUGUGUAGGUAAUGGUCAAUUCAAGCAUGCUGCUACAUCUGUCAAAGCCAUCCGAGAAAUCUUGAAAUCGAAUAUUCCAAUCGAGAUCUUUUAUAUCGACGAAUACGAUCUUGAUCAAGAUAAGCGGGAUUAUUUCAAUAUUAUACCCAACGUUAAGACUAAAUCCAUUUCGCAAUAUAUCAACAAUCAUUAUACGCAAUUUGGUGGCUGGUCUGUCAAGCCUUAUGCUAUCUUAGCCAGUAGUUUCUCGCAAGUUUUGAUGAUGGAUGCCGAUGUGUUUAUGUUCCAAAAGCCCGAAAGCUUCUUUGAAGACCAAGGCUAUGAAAAGACAGGUGCUUUAUUCUUUUUGGAUCGUACCUUAUUUAAUAACUACAAAGAAGGUAAAAAAUGGUUGAAAUCAUUUUUACCUACACAUAGCUCUUAUAUCGAACAAUCAAGAUGGUGGUUAACUACUUCGACUCAUGAACAAGAAUCUGGUAUUGUUGUGAUUGAUAAGAGAAAGGCCUUGUUUGGUUUAUUGGCUACUUGUAAAAUGAAUGAUAAGAACGAGAGAGACAAGGUUUCUUAUCAACAUUCUCAUGGCGACAAGGAGACUUUUUGGAUCGGUUUUGAAAUGAUUAGCGCACCUUACGUAUUUAUCAAGUCGUAUGGUGCUGUGAUUGGUGGUUUGGGUGAUGCUGGCGCGACUGGCACAGUUUGUGGUAAUCAACUUCAUUUGGAUACACACAAUAAGCCCAUGUGGUGGAACGGUGGAUUGCUACGUGACAAGAAUAAGUGGGAUGAUCGUUAUAUGAAGUUUACCCACUUUUCUCAAGGUGAUGAUUGGGAGUUUGGUUCCUCUUGUAUUCGAGAAACAGAUCGUAUUGUUGAAUUAACAGCAACCGAGAAAGAUAUCGGAGCUCAAUUGGUUGCCAUGGAUAAAAAGAGAAGACAAAAAGAGGAGGAUGAAUAAAUUACAACGGUUUUUUUUAAUAAAAUCUUAAACAACUAUAACCAUCAUUAUCAAAG